UUCAAUAACUAAAAACCACGAUUAUAGAUCCUAUCUAAUCGUAACUAUCCUAUCUAUAUUCGUGCUAAAAACCAAAUACAUAUUUUAUAUCAGACAAUCUGGAUAGUGAAUGUUUUGUUGUACGAUGUUGAAUAAUUUUGUCUAAUAGUAUUAAAAUAAAACUAUAUUAUCAUUUAAAAAUAAUGGCAAGUCAAUAUAAAGGGUGUUGUGUGUCCAUAAAUUGUGUGGAUGGUUCAGUUGUUCAAGGUGAAGUAAACGGAAUGUCAGAUGACAAUGAAACAUUAAUCCUUAAACGACCAUUUAAAAAUGGUAUACCACAUAUAGAAAAUGAAAUUCAUAUAAAGGCAUCAAUGAUAGAAAACCUUAAGAUUAUUAAAGCACAUUUAGAAAAUGAACAAACUGUUAUUAAUCAAGGAACUAAAAACAUUAAAAAAAAUGUGUCUGUAUCUAAACAAAAUAAUUCAAAGCAAAAAAAUAAAGCUAAAGUUUCGAAUUCUGAAUCUGAAUCAUUGCUAACAUCUCAACCAUUGCAACAAUCACAGAAUUUUACAAAUCAUAAAGAACGAAAUGAUGCCUGUUUUGGUGUAUCACUUGAUACAAUAGUUAAAGAAGAUUUUGAUUUUGAAAAAAAUUUGGCCUUAUUUAAUAAAAAAGAAUUUUAUAACAAAAUUCAUAAAAAACCAGAUCUUGUACCUCAUGAAAAAGUAACAACUAAAUAUAAACAUAAUGAAAAUGUAUUACAUUCAACUCCAGUGAAGUUUAGACAAGUUACAGUUCCUUCACCUGCUAUUAAUGAAUAUAUAACUGAUGAUGGAUUAGUUGUCCCAAGUAUAACUUCAGAAUUACGAUGGAAAUUAUUUAAUCUGGUUGAAGAAAAUGGUCUUACAUCUGGACGUCAAAAUGAGAUUAUAGGGCGAGCAGCAACUGAAAUGGUUUUACAACUUUUAGGUGGAGGUUAUAGAUUUAACCCCAGAAAUGAACAUCAAUGGCCUCGUGUAGUUGUAUUGUGUGGCCCUAAUCGAUCAGGCGCAAUGGGUGUAAAUUGUGCUAGACAAUUAAGUAGUUAUGGUGUACAUACUGUUGUGGUUCUGUCUGAACCAGGACUUUAUACUCCACAGUUGGCUAAUGAAAUGGCUUUGUAUCAAUUUACAACUGGUACGCUGAUUACCAGUGCAGCAGAGUUACACGGCUUAUUAGAUCCAGAUUUUGUAGUUGUAUCUUUGGCUGAUGAACAAACUGAAGCUGUUUCUCGAAAUAUUACUAAUUGGGCAAAAUCUAUUAGAUCACCACUGAUGGCAAUAGACCCUCCAUCACAAGGAACACCAUCAAUAGUAGUCAAAUAUUCUCUUGUACCAGCUUUACCUUUAUCUUACAAUGAAUCAAAUGGUAAAAUUUAUCUUUGUAAUAUGGGUAUACCUACUCAAGUAUUUCAUUUUGCUGGUAUCCAAUACAAAUCACCAUUUGGUUCCAAAUCUGUAAUACCUUUACACAUAAAUGAGUGAAUUGUAAAAUUAAAAGAUUUAUUUGU